AUGGACUCCGCAACUGCAACCAACUUUGUCAAAGGAAAAUAUGUGGCCAUUGUUGGAUUCCCAAAAUCAGGAUUGGACAUUGCCAUGGAGUGCUCCACGGUAAAUAGGGUUGAACGUCCAUGCACUGUUGUAAUCAGGACACCACAUUGGAACGUUCCUGAUUACUUCCCGUGGGGAUUCCCUAUGGAUAAACUCUAUUUAAAUAGAUUCUCAGAACUUAUGGUGCAUAAACCUGGUGAAGGCCUUCUUUUGUAUCUCAUGGCUACAAUUCUCUCACCUCUGAGGCGGGGCUUCUCAAAGUUUGUGGAAAGCCAUAUAAAACACAAGCUCAAGCUCUCAAAACAUGGGAUGGUGCCAGAUCAUAGUUUCUUAAAUGAAUUGAGUGCGUGUUUAGUUUCUACAGUGCCUGAGGGAUUCUACGACAGAGUAGAGGAAGGAUGUCUCAAGCUCAAUAAAGCUAAGAAAUUUGGUUUCUCAAAAGAGUGUAUCGUGUUUGAAGGUCGGGCGGAACCGAUUAAAUCAGACUUGGUCAUACUGGCUACCGACUUCAAGGGAAUAUACAAGCUCACACACAUUUUUGAAUCACCAAAAUAUCAGGAAUUCAUAGCAGGCUCAAAUGAUUCUGCUGCAGUCCCGAGUAAAUAA